AUGCCGGGACCCAGGACUUUGGCCUUGGCUCUCUCAGCCACGAGAGUCGCAUCUCGCCGCGUCUCUCACUUGCGAUUUUCUCGACUUCCGACUUACCGACAGCAUGCGUUCAGCACCUCUCAUCCCUCCCGACGACCAGAUGCUUUCCACUCCAUGCUUGAAGAGGCGCGCAAGGCUUCCGAUCUACUCUCCGCCAGCCCAAGUUCUAUUUCCAGUUCGCCUCAAACACGGACAGAGAAAAUCAUACAGAAGCAUUCAGUUGGUCUUGCGCCUGGAAAGAUUGUCAAGUCUGGGGACUAUGUGUCUCUUCAGCCGCAGCACUGCAUGUCACACGACAAUUCCUUCCCAAUCGUCCAAAAAUUCUUAAACAUCGGAGCCUCCAAAAUCCACAACAAUCGCCAAGUGGUUUUCACAUUGGAUCAUGACAUACAGAACAAGACCGAGUCUAACCUCAAGAAAUAUGCGUUUUUGCAAGAGUUUGCCCGUACUCAUGGAAUUGACUUCUACGGCGCUGGCCGCGGUAUCGGUCACCAGAUCAUGGUCGAAGAGGGCUAUGCUUGGCCGAACACUGUUGUUGUCGCAUCUGAUUCGCAUUCGAACAUGUACGGAGCAAUGGGAGCGGUUGGUUCGCCCAUCGUAAGAACUGAUGCGGCUUCCGUACUUGCGACUGGACGAACUUGGUUUCAGGUGCCACCUAUCGCCAAGGUAACAUUUACUGGCAUCCUUCCACCUGGAGUCAGCGGAAAGGACGUGAUCGUGGCUUUGGCGGGCUUGUUCAAUAAGGAUGAGGUCUUAAAUCACUGCAUCGAGUUUACUGGAUCAGAAGAAACAUUGCGAAGCAUUCCUGUGGAUCACCGCUUGACCAUCUCGAACAUGACCACCGAGUGGGGUGCUCUGUCCGGAGUCUUCCCCGUGGAUUCCGUCUUAAUCUCCUGGUUACGAGCAAAGGCUACUCUAGCAUCCAUGUUUGAAGGCGGCAAGGGGCGCUUCACCCACGAGCGCAUAGAUGAGCUGGUGAGAAAUCAGGUUGAGGCCGACCCCGGUGCUACGUACGCCAAAUCGCUCUAUCUCGACUUGUCCACUCUGUCUCCUUUCAUAUCCGGGCCUAAUACGCCUAAAAUCGCAACUCCCCUCAAGGAUAUCGAAGCUCAGAAGAUUCCCGUAAAUAAGGCUUAUAUCGUCUCUUGCACGAAUAGCCGUGCCUCAGACUUACAAAGCGCUGCUCAAGUCUUCCGAGAAGCGGCUAAAGAAGACGGUGUCAUCCCCAAGAUUGCACCAGGUGUCGAACUUUAUAUCGCCGCAGCUUCUCUCCCCGAACAGAAAAUCGCUGAAGAGGCUGGUGACUGGCAGGUGCUUAUUGACGGUGGAGCACAUGUAUUGCCCUCGGGCUGUGGACCAUGCAUUGGUUUGGGAGCUGGUCUUCUUCAGCCUGGCGAGGUAGGCAUCAGCGCUUCGAACCGAAACUUCCCCGGAAGAAUGGGCGCAAAAGACGCGACAACAUAUCUCGCCAGCCCUGAAGUAGUCGCCGCUAGUGCCUUGAAGGGCUACAUCGGGGGCCCGGGCUGGUAUCAGGCGCCAGAAGGGGUUGAGAAGGUUAUCAUUGGAGAGGGCAGCGGAAACCUUGAGGCCGACAGGGCCAUGAGCGUGGAAGAUGCUCUCGAUAAGAUUCUCAACGAAGCAGAGAACAUGAUUUCUGGUGCCGAGAAAGAUCUGAACGGCUCCAGUUCGGCUCCGGUGGAGGAAUCCGAAGAUACUCUGACCGAUGUCCUGCCCGGAUUUCCCGAGUCCAUUGAGGGCGAAAUUGUUUUCUGCGAUUCCGACAACAUUAACACGGACGGCAUUUACCCUGGUAAAUAUACCUACCAAGAUAACAUCUCCAAGGAGCAAAUGGCUGAGGUAUGCAUGGAAAACUAUGACUCUGCAUUCCGCACCACUGCCCGUGAAGGCGACAUUUUGGUAGUUCCCUACAAUUUCGGAUGUGGCUCGUCCCGAGAACAGGCCGCUACAUCGAUUCUGGCCAAGAAGAUCCCACUUGUUGUGGCUGGCAGUUUCGGUAACAUCUUCAGUCGAAACAGCGUUAACAAUGCUCUAAUGGGCAUCGAGCUGCCACGCCUUAUCCAACGGCUGAGGGAAACAUUCAAGAACGAGGAUGGCAAAAAGGUCCUUACACGCCGCACCGGCUGGAAACUCAAGUGGGAUGUCCGCAGGAGCAGAGUGACCAUCACAGAGGAGGGUGGAGAGACGUGGAGCGAAAAGGUUGGCGAACUGCCACCGAACGUUCAGGAGAUUAUUGCCAAGGGAGGAUUGGAAGGCUGGGUAAAGUCUCAGAUUUCACAGUGA